AUGCGAUUACCAAACAAUAUUAAAUUAUUAGAAAAAAAUUCAAUUUUCUCGCCCCAAAUCGCGACAAGCCAAGUAAGACCUAAUAUUGAAGAUAUAGUUGUUGGUUUCAAGGAUGUGCUUGGAGGAGUGGAAAAUGUUGAUGCGACGCUGCAAGAGUGGAGAAUUCUAUCUCUUCAGCAAUGGAAAAAAACCAAAACAGCUGACGAGUUUUGGGGAGAAGUGUUGUCAUACAAAAAUGCUUGUGGCGACGCAGCUUUCUUUAAUUUAACAAAACUUGCCACGGCUAUUUUAAGUUUGCCAUUUUCUAAUGCUGCUGUAGAACGGGCGUUUUCUAUGAUGAACAUCGUCAAAAAUAAAUUGCGAAACAGAAUGCUCACGAAAACCGCAGACCAUAUAAUGAGAGUGAGAAGUGCCUUACAAGACCGCGGCGGGUGCACAAAGUUUGAGCCAAGCACUACAAUGUUGACUUUAUUUAACUCUGAAAAUGUGUAUCAAACAGGAGAUGAAGAGAAUGUUAAUCAAGUACUUGCUAUUUUUAAUGAAGAUUAA